AUGUCAUUCUUCAUUUCGCCGUCGAGAGCGCAAGCGCAGAGGAAGACACACACCACGAUGUUCACGCCGCUACGAGGACAGUCUUUCUCUGACAAGACCGACGCUAUCUGCAUUGGCAGUGGCCGCUUCUUGCGUUGUGUGCUGGUACCUACGCUGCGUGCGGCUGGUAGCGCCGUUGUGGUAGCUCAGACGCGAGGCACCAGCUUCGCGUCGGCCUGCGCCAAAGCCGAGGGAAAAUACGAGGUGGACACUAUCCAGAACGACGGCAGUGUACAGACCGAGGUCGUCGAAGUGGAAGCCGUCGGCUCCUUGGGAGACGCCGAGGGCCGCGCAGCCUUCAUGCAACUGCCGUCCAAAGUCUCUAAGCUCAAGUUCAUUGGCUUUGGCGUCACGGAGAGCGGUAUCGUCAAAGGAGGCCCCGCCAUCGUGGACCUCACGGAACUGCUCUACAACUGCUUCACAACUCAGCCCAACAAUAUUGUCUCGGUGAUCAACACUGACAAUCUGCCCAAGAACGGAGACACCAUCAAGAAGCUGGUGCUGAAAACGGAAUGGAAGGGUCAGCCAAGUGAUCUGGCUUCGUUCCGAGCCUAUGUGACGUCCAACGUGCAUUUCCACAACACGAUGGUCGAUCGUCUAACGUCCCACCGAGCGGGUGACUCGCUCGUGCCGUUAACGGAGCCCUGGCCGACCAAAACGUUGGUAAUUGAGGACGUCCAUGGUGUCCUGGACGCCAACAAGUUGAGUGUUCUACCGGGUUUACACAUCCGUACAACUGCAGGCCAACUGGAACAAGACCACCUACUGAAACUGAGUAUCGCUAAUGCAGUACACACUGCUAUGGUCUAUCUACUAGCCCUCACACGCGUAAAGACUACGUGCGACGUACUGAAGUACCCGGAGAUCCGUCAGUAUCUGGAUCUGCUGUACGCAAAUGACGUUGCGCCAUCACUUGAGCUACGUGGCAUCAGUAAACAAGAGGCUCAACACACAUACGACGAGUGGAUGAGUCGUGUGGAGCACAAACACUUUGGUCUUGACAACUUCUGGGUCGGUCAGAACGCCAUGCUGAAGUACGGCGUCAGACUCUUCAGCACUGUGGAGGCCAAUGUAAUCAGAGACGAGAAGUACCGUCCUAGUGUCUUCAUGGCCUUCGCCACGGCCUUGAUCUUGCGAUACCUGACUCCGACGCAGUCAGACUCGAGAAAAGAGGACGGUACCAGCGUUUUUGUCGGUGCUAUGGACUCGAUUCAAGACCGUACGCCACUCUACUCUGUAACAGAGAAGACGUGGGUGUAUGCCAAUGGCUUAACUGCCAAUAUCUCCACUGGCAAGUACGAGUUCUUGGACGGUGAAGCAGGUCACACUGCUACGAAUCUGUGGAAGAUUAGUCACAAGGUGUUUGGUGCCUGUAAGAGCAGCAGCAACGACUUCCCCAAGUCUGCACGUGCUGAAUCUUCCUCCGAGGUUUCCAGUGGUGUCGGCGUGGCCGUUGCUAGUGUGCUCAGCUCCGUCAAGGGCUUCGACCUCACCAAUGACGCGUACGCUUCCUUCGCUGCGGACGUCGCGGCACUCUACCAACGUCUCGUGUCUGGCAAACAGACAGCGCUGAAAACACUGGAAGACGUGCUGCGUAAUCACCACACGAGCGAGUUCCUCGCUACCAAGGAAGAAGUCGCCACUUUCGUGCGUGAAGCCGUCGCGAGCGUCCAGAUCAUCGACGUGCACACGCAUCUCUUCCCUCCGAGUCACGGCAAACUCAUGCUCUGGGGUGUUAACGAACUCCUGACGUACCACUACCUGGUGGCUGAGUUCUUACAGACUGCAGCCCUGCAAGUGGAGGAGUUCAACUCGUACUCGAAGGAGAAACAGGCGGCUCUCAUCUGGCAGCAUUUGUUCGUGGACCGCUCGCCAGUGUCCGAGGCCUGUCGUGGUGUGCUGACGACGCUGCAUUUGCUGGGUCUGGACCAUCUCGUGGCCAAGCGCGACCUCGCUGCGAUUCAGGAAUGGUUCAAGCAACAGGACGCCGACGAGUACGUGGACACGGUCUUCCGUCUCUCUGGGCUCAAGUACGCGGUGAUGACCAACAUUCCGUUCGAACCCGAAGAGGCUCGUCACUGGCUGGGAGACCCAUCCACAAACACGCCUCCGCCUGCCUGGUCUCGCAAGUACUUCCGCUCGGCGUUGCGUGUGGAUCAGGUCCUUCUGGGCGACUGGGCGUCUAUCGGCCCCACCCUGGACGUGUUCAAGCUGCCACACACUCUGGCGGGUGUUCGCACUUUACUGGAGAAAUGGAUCGACAUUAUGAAGCCCGAGUACUUCAUGUCGAGUGUACCCAUUUUCUUCGAGUAUCCGGAUGAGAAUGCACCCAAAUCUACCGCUGACGCUCUGCCGAAUGGUGCCGAGUUGUUGCUGCAGGUUUUGUUGCCUUUGGCCGAGGAGAAAAAGUUGCCGAUCGCACUCAAGUUCGACAGUGUGCGUCCAAUCAACGCUCGCUACGGUGUGGCCGGAGACGGCGUGAAGCCCAGCAACGUGGACAUCCUGAUCAAACUGUGCAACAACUUCCCGCGCGUCAAGUUCCUGGCCACGUUCCUGUCGCGUGUGAACCAGCACGAGGUGACGGUGACGGCCAACAAGUUCCGCAACUUGCAUCUGUACGGCUGCUGGUGGUACUGCAACAACCCGUCGAUCAUCGAGGAGCUGACGCGCAUGCGCAUCGAGAUCCUGGGCACGGCGUUCACGAGUCAGCACUCGGACGCGCGUGUGCUGGACCAGCUCAUCUACAAGUGGAGCCACUCGCGCGACGUGAUCGGCGAGGUGUUGGUGGACAUGUACGAGAAGUUGUUCGCGACGGGCUGGAAGGUGUCCAAGGGCGACAUCGAACGCGACGUGCAGCGUCUGUUCGGUCAGAGCUACGAAGACUUCAUGGACAAGAAGAUGUAA